AUGGUCAAGUCAUACCUGAAGUUUGAACCCUCCAAGUCCUUCGGCGUCGUCGUAUCCAGCAACUCCAACCUCGUCUGGUCGUCCCGGGGAAAGGCAGGCGCCGGCGCCGGCCAGGCCAUUGUCGCCGCAAACGAAGAGGUUCUCGUCUGGGACAUUAAGAAGGGCGAGCUUCUAAGCAGAUGGAGGGAUGAAAAUUGCAAGUUCAGAGUUACGGCCAUUGCGCAAAGCCGAACUGACCCCGAUGUGUUCGCUGUCGGCUACGAAGAUGGCAGCAUCCGUCUAUGGGAUAGUAAAAUCGCGACGUCCGUCGUAAGCUUCAAUGGGCACAAGUCCGCCAUCACCGUUCUCGCCUUUGACAAAACUGGUGUGCGCCUCGCCAGCGGCUCCAAAGACACCGACAUCAUCGUCUGGGAUCUCGUCGCCGAAGUCGGACAGUAUAAGUUGCGCGGUCACAAGGACCAAGUCACCGGCUUGUACUUCAUUGAGCCGGACCCGGUUGUGCGGACUGAGGGUGAGGAUGACCAUGCAGUCAUGGCCGUCGACAGCGAGCCAAGUGAUGGCUUCCUCCUUACAACAGGCAAGGACUCCCUGAUCAAGCUCUGGGACCUGUCAUCGAGGCAUUGCAUCGAGACGCAUGUUGCCCAGGCCAACGGCGAGUGCUGGGCUCUCGGUGUAUCGCCUGACUUUACCGGCUGCAUUACGGCUGGCAACGAUGGUGAAAUUACGGUUUGGGCUCUUGAUGCGGAUGCGCUAGCCUCGUCGGCACAGAAAGUUGACCUCUCACAAUCCGUCAACUUCCUACAAAACAGGGGAACUCUACACCGGUCAAGCAAGGAGCGGGCCGCGGAAGUGGUGUUCCAUCCGCUUAGGGACUAUUUCGCCGUACACGGUGUUGAAAAGUCGGUCGAGAUCUGGAGGAUACGAAACGAAGCUGAGAUCAAGAAGACGCUCGCUAGGAAGAAGAAGAGGAGAAGAGAAAAACUAAAGGAGAAGAAAGCGGAGGGAGCUGAUGCCGAUAUGGACGAAACUGACGAUACUGAUAUCGCCAAGGCCGAGGUAUCUGAUGUCUUCGUUCAGCACGUUAUCGUCAGGACGACAGGGAAAGUCCGAUCAGUUGAUUGGGCCUUGAACCCCGGGGUAAAGGAUCUACAACUACUUGUUGGAGGGACAAACAACUUACUCGAGCUUUAUAACAUUGUCGGGAAGGAAAGGCUAAAGUCUAAGGGUGAAGAGCCCGACUACAACAAGGCGCUGGCCGUCGAGCUCCCGGGUCACCGGACUGAUAUUCGGUCUGUAGCCAUCAGCUCCGAUGACAAGAUGUUGGCAUCAGCAGCGAAUGGCUCGCUAAAAAUCUGGAAUAUCAAGACGCAGCAGUGUAUCCGCACCUUUGACUGCGGUUACGCGCUCUGCUGUGCCUUCCUUCCCGGCGACAAAGUAGUGAUCGUAGGCACGAAGGAGGGUGAACUACAACUCUACGAUGUUGCCUCAGCAUCACUGCUGGAGACGGUCAAUGCACAUGACGGGCAUGCUGUCUGGGCCCUGCAGGUGCACCCUGAUGGCAGAUCAGUGGUGUCUGGCGGUGCUGACAAGACGGCCAAGUUCUGGGACUUCAAGAUUGUCCAGGAGCCGGUGUUGGGCACGACACGCACAACGCACAGGCUCAAGCUGGUGCAGUCCAGGAUACUCAAGGUUUCGGACGACAUUUUGAGCUUGCGCUUCUCGCCUGACGCGAGGCUCCUGGCCGUCGCGCUUCUCGAUAGCACCGUCAAGGUUUUCUUCAACGACACGCUGAAGCUGUAUCUCAAUCUCUAUGGUCACAAGCUACCCGUGCUGAGCAUGGAUAUCUCCUAUGACAGCAAGCUCAUCGUGACAAGCUCUGCCGACAAGAACAUCAGGAUAUGGGGUCUCGACUUUGGUGACUGCCACAAGGCGCUCUUCGGCCACCAAGACAGUAUUCUGCAGGUGGCCUUUAUCCCGCAUAAUUCGGACGGCAACGGCCACUACUUCUUCAGCGCCAGUAAGGACCGCACCAUCAAGUACUGGGAUGCCGACAAGUUCGAGCAAAUCCAGCGCAUCGACGGCCACCACGGCGAGAUCUGGGCACUCGCGGUCAGCCACAGCGGCCGCUUUCUGGUUAGCGCCAGCCACGACAAGUCGAUCCGCGUGUGGGAGGAGACCGACGAGCAAAUCUUUCUCGAGGAAGAGCGCGAGAAGGAGCUUGAAGAACUCUACGAGCAGACACUCACAACCUCUCUUGAGCAAGACCCAGACGAGCAGGACGCCAACCGCGAGAUUGCCGCAGCCACCAAGCAGACGGUCGAAACGCUGAUGGCCGGCGAGCGCAUCGCCGAGGCGCUCGAGCUGGGAAUGACUGAUCUCAACACUAUCCGCGAGUGGGAAGAGGCACGCCAGAUCAACCCUAACAUUGCGCCGCCGCAACGCAACCCCAUCUUCGUCGCGCUCGGCAACAUCCCUGCUGAGACGUACGUAUUGAACACGCUGCAGAAGAUCAAGCCAGCGUCGCUGCACGACGCGCUGCUCGUCCUGCCCUUCUCAACCAUCCCCUCGCUGCUGACGUUCCUGAAUCUGUUUGCGCAACGCGAACUCAACGUGCCACUGACCUGCCGCAUUCUGUUCUUUGUGCUCAAGACGCACCAUAAGCAAAUUGUCGCUAGUCGAACGAUGCGCGCCACGCUGGAGAAGGUGCGAGCUAAUCUGAGGGCGGCACUGCGCCGGCAGAAGGAUGAGAUGGGCUUCAAUAUCGCGGCACUCAAGGUUGUCAGUAUGCAGCUGAGAGAUAAGAGUGUCAGGGAGUAUGUGGAUGAGACGUGGGAGGAGAAGGAAAAGGAAAAAGGGGUGAGGAAGAGGGCUUUCGCGAGCUUGUCAUAG